AUAUAUUAUAUGAUUUUUUUACAAUGAUCUUCUCUUUGAGCGAACUGGUUCACUGGUUAGGUUUAACAAUCUUUGAGAUAUGGAUCAAUUUAAUCGCUUUAAUGUUCUUCACUGUGCUGCUAGCCUUGAAAUUAGAUGAAAAUUGCUUUUUGGGGCCAUCGGGAUGGUGGGAGGUAUUUUCGCCGCUCUUUAUAGCCGAUGGUUUGAAUACAUAUUUUUGUGCUAUUAUUUUUAUAAGAAUGUACAUGGAGGGAAUGAUUAGAGCGGGAAUUUUGCGAGCUUUAUGGAGUCAAAUAUCAUUGUUAUUAGUUUUUGUCUUUAAGUAUCUUCUGUGUAAAAAGCUCUCUGGACAAAGCACAUUGGAGUAUUCAGAAGUUUUGAGUCCUGUAUUCAUUCUUCUGCAACUGAUCGCUGUUAGAGCUUGUCAGUUACAUUAAGGGAAACAGAAGAACUUUCCUGUAUGUAUGAUAUUACUUCCAAAAUAUUUGUCAGAUAUAAGAAAUAUGUAUUAUAUGAUAUACUCUUGUAUAUAUUACAUUUUGUCAGAUUCAUGUAGAUUAAAUUAUUUCAUCUUUCAAACAUUACUUUAUAUUUUUAUCCUGCUGUUUAACUUUACGUAAGCUGUUCGAUAAAUAAGAAUACGUAGGCACUACAAAUUUAAUUAAUAUUCUCUUAAAAGAAUAAUAAUAUAUGUGAUAUAAAAAUAUUUAUUUUAAAAUGAUAAAGUAAUGUAUUGAAAAUAAUAUGUUUCUUUUAUAUUAAUAGUUUAUUAAUAUUUACAACUGUAUCAAUUUACAGAUACAAACUAUAUUGUUUUAUUAGGUUAAUAUUUGACGCCGAGAAGAUAACAAAUACUUAUUUUUUUCUAAAAUAUAAUAAUUUUCUUGUGUUAUUUAAA